GGCUUUCACAUCUCCACGGUGCCUGUCGUAUUCGGAGCGGGGCGCCGCGCCUGCAUCACUUGUGGUGAAUUGGUGAUGGACGGGACGCGAUCGAGACCGGCCGGAGUGGGGGUCGACGUCCGCCUGCCCAGAGAGUCUGAGCGGCGCCAGCCCGCUUCGGCUGAUGUGCGAUGCCGGCUGCAAGACGCAGGGACAGGGAAUAAUGUCCUCUCCGAUGAUAAUUACUGAGCUUAACAGAGACAUAUUCUGUUUAGUGUUUACAUUUACAUAAGUGGCUGCGAUCAUGGAGGUGAAGCUGGCGAUCAGCAGGAGAGUGGCGCUACUCAUGGCGGUCGAGGCUGCAGCGAUGCUACUGCCGCCGCCGGCGUUGUCCGCAGCGGCGAAGACGGCCGCCGCCGAGACUGUUCCACGCGCCUGCACCAGGAGGUGCGGCCACAUCAGCAUCCCGUACCCGUUCGGCAUCGAGCCCGGCUGCUACCUCACCGGCGGCUUCAACCUCACCUGCAACCGCUCCCACGUCCCGCCGCAGCUGUUCCUGGGCGACGGCACCGUGCAGGUGCUCGGCAUCUCCGUCCCCAACGCCACGGUGCGCAUCAACAGCAUCGUCGUCAAGUUUCCUGGCGGUGCUGGCGGCGGUGCCCGUGGCACGUGGGGAGGCGCUCUCGGCGACGGCGGGCCGUAUUACCUGGCGGAGAUGAGGAACAAGCUGGUCGCGAAUGGCUGCAACGUCCAGGUCCUCCUCACGGGCGAUCCCAACCAAACCGUCAGCGCCUGCUCGGCUUUCUGCAACGAGGAUCGGGACGGCGGAGCGGUCAUCUACGUCGCCGGCCACUGCUCCGGCGUCGGCUGCUGCCAGGCGGAGAUACUGGUGGGCCGCAGCUCCUACGGGUUCCAGACCAUCGGGAUGAUGAACGGAGAGGCGGAAUCCAAUGGCUGGGCGUGCGUGGUGGAGUCGGAGCUCGACGCUGACCCCAACCAGCUUGAAAUGGUGGAUCCGAGGGCGCUGCCCGCGGUGCUUGGCUGGAGGAUCAACCAGGGGACAUGCCAUGGCAACAAGUCCUCGCCGGCGUGCCGCAGCCGCCACAGCUUCUGCGAGAACAUCACCAACGAGUACGCGACCAUUGGCAAAGAGGAGGGCCAUCUCUGCCACUGCGCUCGGGGCUACGAAGGGAACCCUUACAUUCCUAACGGUUGCCAUGAUGUCGACGAAUGCAAGUCUCCAGGGGCAUGCUAUGGCGAUUGCAAGAACACACAAGGAGGGUAUCAGUGCCAGUGCCCUCCUGGCUUCGAGGGCAAUGCUUCCAUACCAAAUGGAUGUAAAGACAUUGACGAGUGUGCACAUAGAGAUACAUAUCCAUGCUACGGAAUUUGCAUAAACAUGCCUGGAACUUUCCACUGCCAAUGCAAGAGUGGAACUUCUGGGGACCCCUUGACUAAAGGAGGAUGCAUCGCAACCAAGAUCUUCCCAGUUCGGGCAAUCGGGCUAGGAGUUGGUGGUGGCAUAGGCCUUUUGCUUGUGGCCAUUGCUGCUCCUUUCAUAUUCCGUACAGUCCAGGAACAAAAGGUGAAAAAGAUGAAAGAAAGAUUUUUCAAGCAAAAUCAUGGGUUGCUACUCCAGCAGUUGAUAUCACAAAGAGUAGAUAUUGGUGGGAGGAUGAUUAUUACCUUAGCAGAGCUAGAGAAGGCUACAAACAAUUUUGAUGCAUCUCAUAAGGUAGGUGGUGGAGGGCAUGGUGUUGUGUACAAAGGACUUCUAGACCUACAAGUUGUGGCAAUCAAGAAAUCAAAGAUCAUAGUACAGAGAGAGAUUGAUGACUUUAUAAAUGAGGUUGCAAUUCUUUCUCAGAUCAACCACAGAAAUAUCGUCAAGCUUCUUGGUUGUUGUCUUGAGACAGAAGUCCCACUGUUAGUUUAUGAGUUCAUAUCAAAUGGUACUCUUGCCCAUCAUCUUCAUGUCGAAGGACCAAAGUCAUUAUCAUGGGAUGACCGAUUGAGGAUUGCUCUUGAAAUUUCUAGAGCUCUGGCCUACCUACAUUCAGCUGCUUCAACACCAAUACUUCAUAGAGAUAUCAAAUCAUCUAACAUACUUCUUGAUGAUAAUUUAACAGCAAAGGUAUCAGACUUUGGAGCUUCAAAGUAUAUCCAGAUCGAUCAAACUGGAGUGACUACGGUCGUCCAAGGAACCAUUGGCUACUUAGAUCCCAUGUAUUAUUAUACAUGCCGACUCACAGACAAGAGCGAUGUUUUUAGUUUCGGUGUUCUUCUUGUAGAAUUGCUUACUAGAAAGAAACCAUUUGUCUUUCGGACCAAUGAUGGUGGCAGUCUUGUUUCACACUUUGCAUCACUACUCGCUGAAGGUUGCCUGGCUGACAUAAUAGAUCCUCAAAUCAUUGAAGAGGAUGCUGAACAAGUUGAUGAAGUUGCCACACUAGCAGCAAAGUGUACAAAACUGAAUGGAGAAGAGCGGCCCACAAUGAGGGAAGUUGAGAUGACACUUGAAAACCUGAGUGUCGCAAGAAAGCAGGAAAAUUAUUACACAACUUCAAGGAGGAAAUACGAGAAGGAUCAAACUGCAGCUCAUUACAUGUCACUGGGAGGACUCGCUGCGGAAACGAGCAGACAGUACACCAUGGAAGAGGAAAUGUUGUUGUCUGCAAGUUAUCCACGAUGAGAUAUACUGUUACUAUUGCGGCCUGAACACCAACGCUGUUCAAUUAUAUUCAUUUCCCAUGCA